CUCUGGGGGAGGAGAGGGGAAGGACCUGUGUGGGGGGCGCCGAGAAGGGAGGGGAGGAGAGGGCGGAACGUGCGCUGUGUCCCUGCCCCACCGUCCCCCUUCGGAGCUACGCUUAGUGUACUGUCGCUGCACCUCGUGGCCGCCGGGUCACCCAGCUCGUCGUGUCCCCGUGCUCAGCGCGCCGGGCUCUGGACAGGUGCGCGGUACAGAGGCCGCUGCUGGAAAAGGAGGAACUGCCCGCCAGCGUCACAGGCGCUGCGUCCAGGGUGCCCACGGUUAUCAGGGGACCGGAGCCGGGAAGGAAGCGGCACGCUGACCAGUUAAUUACCCGCCACGUCUCCAGCCAGGCACCUACUGCUCUUCAAGUAAACGGGAAACACCUGCAGGGUGUUGCUUCUCGCAUCGUCUGGUUCCGGAGACCAUGGCAGAGGAAGUGGACCUCGCGGGCCUGGACUCCGAUGGGGGCAGUGAGGAGGUGGUCCUGACGCCCGCGGAGCUCAUCGAGAGGCUGGAGCAGGCAUGGAUGAAUGAAAAGUUUGCUCCUGAGCUGCUGGAAAGCAAGUCUGAAAUUGUAGAAUGUGUCAUGGAACAGCUAGAUCACAUGGAAGAAAAUCUCAGAAGAGCCAAAAAGGAGGAUCUGAAGAUAGAGAAGUUUUUCCCUCACAUCCUAGAGAAGGAGAAAAUGCGCCCUGAGGGGGAGCCUGCCAGCCUUUCUCCGGAGGAGUUUGCCUUUGCCAGAGAGUAUAUGGCUCACACAGAGACCUAUCUUAAAAAUGUUGCCUUAAAGCAUAUGCCUCCUAACUUACAGAAGGUGGACCUCUUGAGGGCAGUUCCCAAACCGGAUCUGGAUUCAUAUGUGUUUCUGAAAGUGAAAGAACGACAAGAAAACAUACUAGUAGAACCAGAAGCAGAUGAACAGAGGGAUUAUGUAAUUGACUUGGAGGUGGGCUCACAGCACUUGAUCCGAUAUAAAACCAUUGCACCUCUUGUUGCUUCUGGAGCAGUUCAGCUAAUUUAAAAAUAAACAACUAUGAAGGCAUGGGAUCCCAGAAAACAUUAGAAGCCCUGUAUCACUGUGUGCCUAAGAUCAGUCUGAAGUCUUGCCCCAGACGCAGACUUCUCUUGGCGAUGCUGUUGGACCACUUGGACUUUGAUAAAAGCUGAGGCAGGAUUCCUACCCCUUCCUGCCUCCUCAGCCUCAGCAGGUGGGGCCGUUGUUCUGUUUAUUGUGCGCACCAGGAAAAUAAAUAAUUUGUAU